GACAAAAAUGUCCCAAUUAUCCAGUUGCCUGGAGUGUUUCGCUGACAUGCUACUCAGAGUGUCCUGAGGAAAACAAGCAGAGGCUUUGGGACGGCUGAGCGGAGACGCAGGACUCCGGACGCUCCUCUUCACUUUUUCACCAAAUACAGCAACCUUCUGGAGGGACGUCAUGUUCUAAGUGGAGUACAGCGCCCUCCUGUGGCACAUCCAAGGACAUGGUGGGCUCACUCUGCCGGGCUGUGUUCACUUGCGCUCCCCUCCUGUGGUUGUUGAGGGUGGGCCGGGGGAUGCCUGACCCCGCGCGGAGGGACCUGCUGAUGCGCGAGGAGUGGUCCAGGCAGACGGGGGGAGGCUUGGCGCUGACACCGGCGGAGCAGAAGCUGGACGCUCACCUCCGCCGGUUGAAGGAGCAGGACAUGUCCGCGCCUCAGUUCCCUCCUGCCGUCCACUUCUUCAAGGCGAAGCCGCUCAUCCAGAAGAGCCCGGUCUUCAAGCUGCUGCAGAAGAUGCCUAAAGGCGCGGCCCUCCACGUGCACGGCUCCGCUCUGGUCAGCGCUGAAUGGCUGGUGAAAAACGUCACCUACAGGCCUCACUGCUACAUCUGCUUCACCUGGGACAACUCGGUCCGCUUCCUGUUCUCAGACCGCCAGCCGUUCCCCCGAUGGGACUGCUUCUACUGGCAGCUGCUCGAGACCCUGAGAGCCAGAAUAGGAGACCGCGAAAGAUUUGACGACAGUUUAAUGCAGCACCUCACGCUGUUCACUGAGGAUCCAGAUGGUGAAUAUCCAAGCCAAGAUAUCGUGUGGGAGAAGUUCGAGAAGGCGUUCAUCGCGGCUGCAGGGCUCAUUACGCAUGCCCCCGUGCUGAGGGAUUAUUUCUACAAGGGGUUUGAGGAACUUCUCCUUGACAACGUCAUGUAUGUGGAGCUGAGGAGCGGCCUCUCGAGGACGUAUGAGCUCGAUGGAACCAUUCACGAUAAGGUCUGGACUCUGAGAACGUUUCAGGAAGUUACAAAGAAAUUCACUCAAGAUCAUCCAGACUUUGUCGGGGCCCGUAUUAUCAUUUCUGUCCACAGGGCUCUAGGUGUUUCCGAGGUCAAGGCAGCUGUAAAAGAGGCCAUUCAACUGAAAAAGGACUUCCCAGAUGUCGUUGCGGGAUUUGACAUGGUUGGCAGGGAGGACGGUGGAAGGACUCUCUGGUUCUUCAGAGAGGCGCUUUCUCUGCCAGCUGAACUGGGUGCCACAUUGCCAUACUUCUUUCACGCAGGCGAGACAGAUGCUGAAGGCACCGACGUAGAUCAAAACAUUCUGGACGCCCUUCUCUUCAACACCACUCGCAUCGGACAUGGCUACGCCUUGGCACACCAUCCCCUUGCCAAAGAGCUUUCCAGGAAAAGAAACGUGGCCGUGGAGCUGUGCCCCAUCUCAAACCAGGUGCUGAAGCUGGUGUCAGAUCUUAGGAACCACCCUGCAGCUGUACUCAUGUCUGAAGGACACCCGUUGGUGAUCAGCUCCGAUGACCCGGCUAUGUUCGGCAACACGGGCCUCUCCUACGACUUUUAUGAAGCCUUUGUUGGAAUCGGAGGACUCAAAGCAAACCUGGGCACCCUGAGAGAACUGGCCGUCAACUCUAUCAGGUACAGCUCGCUGCCAGCUCAUCUGAAGGAUAUGUGUCACAUCAUGUGGCAAAAAAAAUGGGACGCCUUCGUAUCUGCCAGUUUAUGACGGCCAAAUCCCAAUGGAUCCUGUUUCACUUGAACAAUGUUGUGUAACCAAACUAAAGAAAACAUCCAACUACAAUUAAAAGCCUUUAAAACAAA